AUGCCUCAUGGGCCACUGAUAGGGGGCUGUCAGUGCAUCCCUCUAGCUCUAUGGAUUAUUGGGAAAAUAGCUGGUACUGGUGUCUGCGUGGAUAUUGAUGGCGAAUGUGUUGUCUUGGGCUCGGCGUGGAAACAACCCGAGAAUAAGGAUGUGGCGUACCUCAGCCCUACCACUGAAGAUCUAUCUACUAGUUAA